AGCCCGUGGCGUAGCCUAAAGGGAACGUGGGGGAGACGGUGGUUUUCAGUAACGGAGCAGACCUGCCCCCUCCCAAGAAAAGGGCGCAAAACAUCAAAAAGGUAAAUUUUGGAAAGUCAGGCUCUCUGGCAAAUGAGAAAUUCCAAUGGGAGCUACCCCAUUCCCAAAGAGUACCUAUUUCUCUAACCUCCAAGGAAAGCACAACUGAGUUUGCUGGCAGUGCCACUUGCUGGCUGUGACCAUGAAUCAUCUUAGUAUUUCUUAGCCUCAGUUUCCUCACCUAUCAAGUGGGGUUGAGAGGAAUAUCUACUUCACAGUGUUGUGGGGAGUUUCUCAAGUAAUGGGCGUGAACAUGUUUUAAACUGUAAAGGACUGUUUCAUUAUGAGAUGUUAUCAUUCUUCUCUUUUUUUCUUUCCAGAGACCCCCCCCCCAGCCGCCCUCCUUCCCUUGUUCCUGUGGCUGGGGGGGUACCCUCCCUCCACACCAUGGAGCCAUCUCCUUUGUCUCCAAGUGGGGCAGCACUCCCCCUGCCUCUGUCUCUGGCCCCACCCCCACUGCCCCUGCCUGCAGCUGCAGUGGUACAUGUGUCCUUCCCGGAGGUAACCAGUGCCCUUCUGGAGUCCCUCAAUCAGCAGCGGCUACAGGGCCAGCUCUGCGAUGUGUCCAUCCGAGUGCAGGGCCGGGAGUUCAGGGCUCAUCGUGCUGUCCUGGCUGCCUCCUCUCCUUACUUUCACGACCAGGUCCUACUCAAGGGCAUGACUUCCAUCUCACUGCCCAGUGUUAUGGACCCAGGUGCCUUCGAGACUGUUCUCGCUUCAGCUUACACUGGUCGCCUCAGUAUGGCUGCUGCUGACAUUGUCAACUUCCUCACAGUGGGUUCUGUACUCCAAAUGUGGCACAUUGUGGAUAAAUGCACUGAACUGCUUCGAGAAGGCCGGACCUCGGCCACCACCAUCACUACUGCUGUAGCCACCUCCGUCACUGUCCCUGGUGCUGGAGUCCCAUCAGGGAGUGGGGGCAGUGUAGCCUCGGCCACCAUGGGCUCUGUGCGCUCCCAUGCCUCCAGUCGGGCCAGUGAGAAUCAGUCCCCUAGCAGCAGCAACUACUUCAGCCCCCGAGAGUCCACUGACUUCUCAUCUUCCUCCCAAGAGGCAUUUGCAGCUCCUGCAGUGGGCAGCGGGGAGCACCGUGGAGGUGGCCCUGUAUUCCCAGCCCCUGUGGUUGGCAGUGGGGGUGCUACCUCUGGGAAGCUGCUCCUGGAGGCAGAUGAGCUGUGUGAUGACGGUGGAGAUGGGAGGGGUGCGGUGGUUUCUGGGGCUGGGCUCCGAAGGCCUACCUAUGCACCUCCCAGUGCCAUGCCACAGAAACACUGGAUAUAUGUAAAGCGGGGUGGAAACUGCCCAACAGCAGCGCCCCUUGUUCCCCAAGACCAAGAUCUGGAAGAGGAUGAGGAGGAGGAAGAUCUGGUUUUGACCUGUGAGGAUGAUGAAGAUGAAGAGCUAGGGAGUGGGUCCGGGGUUCCAGCAAGGGGAGGACCCGAGGCUACCCUUAGCAUAAGUGAUGUCCGGACCCUGACUGAGCCUCCAGGCAAGGGAGAGGAGCAGGUCAAUUUCUGUGAGUCCUCCAAUGACUUUGGCCCCUAUGAGGGUGGGGGUCCUGGAGCAGGGCUUGAUGAUUCCGGGGGGCCGGCCCCUUCCUCCUAUGCCCCCUCCCACCCACCACGGCCCCUGCUUCCUGUGGAUGUGCAGGGUAACCAGAUCCUAGUCUUCCCAUCAUCUGCAUCCUCCUCCCAGGGUCCAGGCCAGCAGCCAGGGAGCCAAGCUGAACACGGGGCUGUGACUCUAGGGGGCUCAUCCACAGGAGGGCUGGGUGUCCCAGGUGGUGCUGGUGGGACCCCUGGAGGGACAGGCAGCGGGGAUGGGAAUAAGAUAUUUCUGUGCCACUGCGGGAAGGCCUUCUCCCACAAGAGCAUGCGAGACCGUCACGUGAACAUGCACCUCAACCUGCGGCCCUUUGACUGCCCCGUGUGCAACAAAAAGUUCAAGAUGAAGCACCACCUGACGGAGCACAUGAAGACACACACAGGCCUCAAGCCCUAUGAGUGUAGCGUCUGUGCCAAGAAGUUCAUGUGGCGGGACAGCUUCAUGCGCCACCGAGGACAUUGUGAGCGCCGGCACCGCCUGGGUGGAGGUGGGACUGCGGCUGUAUCUGGACCUGGGGGGCACAUAGGGCCAGCCUUGCCACCCCAGAGAGAGUCCCCUGGGGUGGGCGGGGGCAACAUCGAGGAGGCUAGUGGGGCCACGCCCCCGUCAGGCCGACGGGUCUGGUCCCCACCCAGCGUUCAGAAAGUGGAGAUGGGCUUCAGUGGAGGCGGAGGAGCAAACUAAAGGGGCAGGCUACGGGGAGGGGGGUGGUAGUUUUCAGGUAAGAGGAAAUAGGGAGCACGAGCCAGGCGCGCCGUGGCCUCCCAGGUGAUCUCCCACUACAGUUACUGUCUUCCUUAUCUCUAUGGACUUGUAUAUAUUAUGGAGGGGGAACCAUAUGGCGCCACCACCCCCCCAAUCCACUCGGUCCUCCCCCGAAGCAUCCCGAAACUAAGCCCUUCCUUUCGCUCUGGGUACACUGAAGCCCCAGUUCCAUAAUAUGGCGCAUAU